AUGUUUUCUCGGAAGCGCAGUUUCACCUUCGGAGCCUAUGGAGGGAGAUCUGAUGAAGUGGAGCGCUGCAUCAGUAACAUCCUAGACUCUCCUGUCCAGGACCCCCAGACUGCACUUACCCCUGCUGUUCACAACAAGACUGUGGAUUUGUUUGAAAUGAUUGAAAAAAUGCAGGGGAGUCGUCUGGAUGAGCAAAGAUGUUCUCUCCCAACUCCGCUCAAGAGAGAAGAGGAGUAUAUCCCAUACCCCAGCAUCCAUGAGGUGUUACGGAAAGGGUGGCCAUACCCCCUCAUUAUCCUACCCCAGUUUGGGGGCUAUUGGAUUGAAGGAACCUGCCAUGGCCUCCCCAGCUCGACCUCAGCUCUGCAUGACCUGCCUUCCCCCUGCAGCAGUAAAGUGAAGCUAGAGUGCGACCCCACGGCCAAGCUGUACCGCAAGCACUUCUUGGGGAAGGAGCAUCAGAACUUUUACUCCAAUGACACAACCUUGGGCUACCUGGUCCUUUCUGUGAAGUAUGAGCAGAUUGAGAGGCAGGACAACUUGCACCUGCUGCUGAGGACUCGAACUGGUACCAAACACGACCUGAUCCCCAUUUCUUGUCUGAAUGAGUUCCCCAAUGCAGUCCAGAUGGCGAAGCUGCUGUGUGAGGACGUGAAUGUUGACCGAUUCUUCCCUGUCCUCUACCCCAAGGCUUCCCAGCUCAUUGUUGCCUUUGAUGAACACGUCAUAAGCAAUAACUUCAAAUUUGGGGUCAUCUACCAGAAAGCUGGGCAGACCACAGAGGAAGAAGUCUUCAGUAACACUGAAGAGAGUCUGGCCUUCCUGGAGUUCCUCGAGUUCCUUGGAGACAGGAUCCAGCUGCAGGAUUUCCGUGGGUUCCGAGGAGGCUUGGAUGUCACGAGGGGUCAAACUGGCACCGAAUCAGUCUAUACCAAUUUCCGGGGCAAGGAGAUCAUGUUCCAUGUAUCUACGAAGCUGCCAUUCACAGAGGGAGAUGCCCAGCAGCUGCAGCGGAAGCGUCACAUUGGGAACGACAUUGUGGCCAUUGUCUUCCAGGAUGAAAACACUCCCUUUGUCCCUGACAUGAUAGCGUCUAAUUUCCUGCAUGCCUAUGUGGUGGUACAGCUCGCUCAUGGUGCCAUUGGGGAGACCCUCUACAAGGUUUCAGUAACAGCUCGAGAUGACGUCCCCUUCUUUGGACCCCCUCUCCCAAAUCCAGCCAUAUUUAAAAAGGGUCCAGAGUUUCGUGAAUUCCUCUUGGCUAAGCUAAUCAAUGCUGAGUACAGCUGCUACCAGGCUGAAAAGUUUGCCAAACUAGAGGAGCGGACUCGCAGUGCCCUCCUAGAGAGCCUUUUUGAGGAGCUGCAGCUCCAUAGCCGCAGCAUGAUGGGCCUGGCCUCUGGGGACGAUGACAAGAUGGAGAAUGGGGGUGGUGGCUUCUUUGAAAAUUUCAAGCGGGUGAUCCGAGGCCGCAGCCAGAGCCUGGAUACCAUGGGGAUAGCCAUGAGGAAACAACAGCAGCCGGCAACCCCGCCCAGCCGCCCGGCUACUGCCGGCCUUGCUCUCAACCAGAGUGUCGCCGAGGGCACCAAGGCUAUUGCUGCGUCCUUUGCCCUGCCUGGGAGGAGCCCAUCACGCACCCGAGGCAGCCACUUCCACGGGCGUCGCAGCAGUGCCAUUGGCAUUGAGAACAUCCAGGAGGAGAAGAGUAGGGAUGUUGCUGACAGAAUCCAGAAGGUGCUGGAGAGUCCAGGACCCUUUUUUGACCUGAAGUCUGAUGGCUCCUCCAGUCCCAGUUCCCCAGAGUUCCCAAACAGAAAGAACAAAACCCUCUCCAAUCAAACCUUGGGAUAUUGUGUGAUGCAGCCACUCUCACGCUCCUCAUCCAACGUGAGCAGCUGCUGUAGUGGAGUGAGGGAAAAUGAAACAUCUGAGGAAGAGGAGAAUGAGACGGAGCUGAUGUGCUCUCUUGAGGUUCCUCAGAAGCGGGAUUCCCUGGUUCAGAGUGUGUGGCUGGAUGACAGUGUGGGCACACCCAGUAGUGCUAGCUCACCAGUAACCCGACUGCUCCCUUCUAGCAACACUGCAGGCUCCAUGGAGAAGGGGAAAGGCAGCAAGGCAGAUGCUCAGCGUUACAGCCCGGCCUCCAUUUUGUGUUGUGUGUGA